AUGUCCGUCCUGAAGACAAGGCAAUCCUCCGCGGACUCACUGCCCUUGUUGAAACCGGGGGACAAUUUCGACGUUUGGUACUCCCGAGUAAACGUUCGCUUGGCCUCCGUUGCAGUCAAAAACUGUACGCGAUAUAUAUGCCGCCAGUUCUCGACGGAAGCGCUGACGAGAGCUUCUGCUUUCUGCGUCAAUUUCGACACUGACGUGGAUUCGCUUUUGAGCACCCGUCGGCGUGUUUUUGCAACUCACAAGCCCCCAGUGGAUGCGUACAGGCAGUUCUCAUCCCGCCUUUAGCUCCCUGGUGAGGGUGCUAGAGAUUAUUUAGGCUGUCUUCGCCCUCUAAUACUCGCAGCCUUUCCCGACCAGCCAUCAAGUCUCACUGACGUUGUUCUCGCCGCGCAUUUCCGCGUCGGUUUAUUGGACGAUAAACUCCGCUGGAAGUUGAUUAAGAAGCUCAACCUGUCGUCUGGGGCCCUCUUGACCCUGGUCCAGGAGUAUGAGGAACUCUGCGGUCCCUCGGUCGCCGCUCCAUGUUAUUCCACCUCAGUCGCCCGGCAACGGCAUACUCGAUCAAUGGCGACCCAGACACUCCGGAACUUCACGCGUCCAUUCCGAGGUCGCCAGGCUGGCGUCGCACAAGUCUCCAUUGAGUCCUACCUCGUUCCUGCUGUUACAUCUAGCUCUGGUUUUCCCGCCCCCAUUAUUAACGCAACGGUUGCAGACAAGCAAGUAGCAAUUCUUGUUGACACAGGGGCAGCCGGCUAUUUGCUAAACCUCCAGAGUUUCACCCGUACCUGGCUACAGCCAACCGAGAUUUCCCAUAGACACCCCCGUAUCGUAGCGGCGAACGGUAUGCCACUUUCCUCCUCGUCACAAGUCGACGUGCCAUUUCGUCUGGACUCAUCUGAGUUUACCCACGCCUUUUACGUUUGUCCGGAUAUUCAGUGGCUGGGUAUUUUAGGGGCUGAUCUUCUCUAUGCUCACCGUUUCUGCAUCGAUUUUGCUGCCUGUCAGCCCACCUCUAAGUCGACUACGGUUCCCUUUUAUUUUCCCCAUGCUCCUGACCGCCAGCGGUUUUGCGACCCAGUCGGGCUCCACCCUCCCAGCCUUCCGACCUGGUACAUUUGGUUCCCGACUCCCCGGGGUUCUCUUCUGAAGAUAACACUGCCGUUCGAAACCUUAUAUUCCAGAACUCCGCUGCUUUUGCAUGGGAUGGCGAACCCCUUGGUAUUCGGUCUGGCUUUCGACAGGGUUGUAUCCUGUCAUCCAUUCUGUUGAACUAUGCUAUUGACUGGAUCCUCGGGGGGGCCCUACGCGAGGGUGACGGCGUUGGGUUUGCAACCGGACACCGACUGACUGAUCUCGACUAUGCCGAUGAUAUGGCCUUACUUGCUUCAAGUUUCGGUGAUCUGCAGUCUAUGGUGUCACGGGUGAACGAGGUCGCUAAAUCAGUCGGUUUGUCCAUAAACGCUGGGAAGACCAAAGUGUUCUCAAGCUGCAUCCCUGACCAGGAGAAAGCACUCCUCGGGAUUGAUGGCUGUCAACUUUAAGAAGUAGCCAGUUUUGAAUACCUUGGGGCGAGGCUGCUGCCUAAUGGACAGAGUAAGGACGAAUCGAUGCUGCCCGCUGGGUUUUCUGAAGCCGUCGAAAAUGCCCAUGGAUCCGACGUGACCUCUCUAUCGUCACUAAGAUUCGCGUCUACCGUGCAUCUGUCCGGUCUGUCCUUCUCUACGGUUGUGAAUGCUGUGCUUUGCGCGUGGAGGACGAGCGAAAACUGGAGGUAUUUGACCACCACUGCUUGAGGACCAUCCUUUGAGUGAAGUUCACCGACUUUGUCUCAAAUGAGACAGUCCGCGCUCGCUGCGAAAACAUCGCGAGGAUAACUCAGGCCACCCAAGACAGACGACUGAGGUCGUUCGGGCAUGUUCUUCGUCGUCCACCUCAGGAGCUUAAUGUUGCUGCCCUCGAUCCGGCACCGCUUCCCCAUUGGAGGCGUCGAAGAGGGGAUCAGUUCAAAACCUGGCUCGACAUAGUUCAAGACAUGGAGGUGGUUCUUGGACCUUCCGUAUUCGGUCUACGUCGUUGGCGAAGGGAAUGGGUUGAGCUGUCCAGAUCUGCUGCCGCGGACCGUCACGCGUGGAGAGGUACAGUUCGUGACUGCAUCGAUGCCGACUAGAUCAGGCAUGAUCAAAGCCGUAUCAAGUACAAGUAGGUAUCCCUUGGUAGAACGACACUGUAUAUUACUUUUCUAGGUGACGUACUUGUCUCCUCUUGCCGGGGACACGGCUCUGUCCUUCGUUGUUAGAGUUUUCGGAGCGCUGUUCUCCGAAAAAAUCACUCCCAUUGUCACCUUCUACGGCCGACAACAAGGGAAGAGGCUGUUCUUCGGAGCGCCUCUGUAUAAUUUGGUUCUAGGUAAGGCCUGUUAUGUAUGUAUACUGAUGAAAUUUCUCACAGAUAUCUUUGACCACUGGAACAGAAGACAGCGCUCCGACCGUCACCAGUUGCAGAGGGCCCUGAAAAAUGCCUUUAAACGGGCAUACGAUCGUUUGCUUAAAAGAACUAGCAAGUUGAACAUUCACAGCGAUGCAGGGCCCUCAACGCGGCCAUGA